CACAUAUUUAAUCCGCCGGAGACUCGAGCUGUGCAGUUUCCACAGACUGGUCGCGGACGCGUCUUCGUCGAGAAGGAGCUGAGAGAGAAGUGCCGCAGCGUUGUUCCUGUGAGAAGCUGGAGCCGCAGGUGUUAGAACAAUGAUGGAGCUUUUGACUGAAGCACCUUUCUAUUACAACAAUUUCUCAGACGCCACUGACCGAAAUGAGUCUGACUACACUGACUACAGUAUGGACCAUGACAAGCUCCAGCAGUCUCUGAACAUCAUGUCUGUCAUUGUUUACUCCCUGGCCUUCAUUCUUGGCGUACUGGGGAAUGGAGUGGUUAUCUGGGUCACAGGCUUUAAGAUGAAGAAAACAGUUAACACAGUGUGGUUCCUCAACCUGGCCGUGGCCGACUUCCUUUUCACUGCCUUCCUUCCCAUGAGUGUGACAUACACGGCAAUGGGUUUUCAUUGGCCUUUCGGCAAGUUCAUGUGCAAGCUGAACAGCACCAUGAGCUUAUUUAACAUGUUUGCCAGUGUCUACAUCCUGGUCGUCAUCAGUGUGGACAGGUAUGUGUCUGUGGUGUGGCCCGUUUGGGCUCAGAACCACAGAAGUGUAUGCAAAGCGUCCUGUGUGAGUACAGGAGUUUGGAUACUGGCUUUGAUUCUCAGUGCCCCGUACUUCAUCUUCAAGGACACUGGGCCAGCAUAUCAUAAUGAAAACAUCAUCAACUGCUUCAACAACUAUGCCUUUUCUGAUGACUACGACUCACCAGCUAUAAAUGAGUUGAGAGUCUUUCGCCACAAGGCCAUGACCAUCACUCGCUUUAUGCUGGGAUUCGUCGUGCCCUUCUCUGUCAUUGUCUCCUGUUACACAGUGAUCAUACAUCAUCUCAGUAGGAGUCGCACCCUGGCCAGCCAAUCAAGUCGCUCUUUCAAGAUCAUCGCUGCAGUUAUCACAACAUUUUUCCUGUGCUGGGCACCAUAUCACAUCAUGAGUCUUAUCGAGUUGGUGGUUCACACAGAUGAUAAUGCAAGUGACACACUGCGCCAUGUCAUAACUUAUGGGGCUCCAAUAACCACCAGCCUGGCCUUUCUCAACAGCUGCAUGAACCCACUGCUCUAUGUGUUCAUGGGCCAGGAUUUCAAGGAUAAAGUUCGCAAGUCAAUACUGAAUGUUUUGGAGAAUGCCUUCCAGGAAGAGGUCUCUCGCUCUUACACCUACACAAACUCAAUGGUCACCAGUCGGAGUAAUAACAAAUCAGUGUCUGAUUCAGAGGUAUAAGUUUGAUAUGCUUAAACAAAUACUGUAACUGUACAUAGCAAAUGUAACUGUAUAUAACAAAAAAUAAUAAUUUUAAGUUUAAAUCUUUUUAUUCAGCAACCAUCAAAACAGUUAAUUACAGACUGAAGUAUUUCAUCUGUUGCAAUUGAUUAUUUCUAUGUAUAUCUUAUAUCUUACUGAUUAUAUUUGACUUGGAGGAGGUGGCUGAUAAAUGUGGGCAGUUUGUGAACUAAAGCAUAGCUUAAGAACUAAAAGGUAACGUGAUUGUAGAAAUAUUCAGAGCUAAAUUAGUCUGAUCAAAAUAAGAGCUUUGAGGUUGCUUUGCAAGAAAAAGAAAGUAAGAAAACAGAAAAUGAAAGCAGACAUGUAAAUGUCCAUGUUUUGUUAAUAUAUAGCUGAAGAGGUCAGGCAUAUUUGCAAAAUAGAUAUUACAUCAGGUUAUGGUUGCAUUUGUGUAACAGAAAAGGCAGUGAUGAAUGUAACAAAGGGGAUUUCUGAGUUCAGGUUUACAGAUAAUCUGCUUCUCCUUCACUCAGCCACUUAUGCCUUACUGUGUGUACAUUUGUAUGUCACAACCACCAUUGCAAGUGAAACAGUGACUGACUGCUACAUGUGCAUGCUUGAAUUUCUAUACCAUGGUAUUUAGCAUUACAGGCCAGCUAAUGCAUACAGCAUAUAAUGUUAUUGUGCUUAGUCUGAUCUUGUGCCCUCUGUUAGUUAUUUUGGCUAGUAUGUCUUUAUUAUGUCUCAAUAAAUAAAAUGUUUUGGACUGGA